GCGCCCACAAUGUCCCCGUUAAACCGCAAUGCUACGCGAGCAAGAGAGAGUUGAACUCUAAAUCGGUUCAGUCAGUAGAUGGCGGUAAUCCAGGAAACCUGAUCUGUCAGGUUCAACAGAAGUCUGUCUCAGUUUGCAUCAUUCCCAAAGGAGGCAGUGGAGCCGAGCAGUUGAAUGACAUCAAAUGAAACACGGGAGUUUACAGAGAGUCCUUUUGAGUUUUGCGCGUAGCUUGUCUUCCGAGCCAGGAGACAGUACGUUUUAUUGAAAAUCAUGGAAGAAAAAUCGAAUUCGUUUUCCAGCAACAAAGAAGUGGAAAAAGCAGAUGGGAAUAAUAUAUUUCAGAGGCAAGACUCGAUACAGAAGAAGAAUAUGGGGAGCCAGAACAUGAAAUCAGGGGACCACCCGAAGUCGGUGGGCUUCAAGGGUGACCAGGAGGAAUCCUUGGUCGGGUUCGACGAUCUAGACGGGUCCGGGAACCGACACGGCUUUAUGCAGAGGCAAUUUGGAGCGAUGAUGCAGCCUGGCGUCAAUAAGUUCUCCCUGCGAAUGUUCGGCAGUCAGAAAGCCGUUGAGAAAGAGCAAGAAAGGGUCAAAACUGCGGGAUACUGGAUCAUUCACCCCUAUAGCGAUUUUAGGUUCUACUGGGACUUGGUAAUGCUGGUCAUGAUGAUGGGGAACCUGAUCAUCAUUCCUGUAGGAAUAACCUUCUUCUCGGAGCAGACCACCACCACCUGGCUAAUAUUCAACGUAGCAUCAGACACAAUCUUCCUCGUGGAUCUGGUCAUGAACUUCCGCACUGGAAUCGUCAACGAGGAGAGCUCCGAGAUCAUCCUGGACCCCAAGGUCAUCAAGAUGAACUACCUGAAGAGCUGGUUUGUGGUCGACUUCCUCUCGUCCAUACCAGUGGAUUAUAUAUUUCUAAUAGUGGAAAAGGGGUUUGACUCAGAGGUGUACAAGACGGCGAGGGCGCUGAGGAUCGUUAGGUUUACUAAGAUUCUGUCUCUUCUGAGGCUGCUGAGACUUUCCCGACUCAUCAGAUACAUACAUCAGUGGGAAGAGAUCUUCCAUAUGACCUACGACCUGGCCAGUGCUGUGGUAAGAAUAUUUAAUCUGAUAGGGAUGAUGCUACUGCUCUGCCACUGGGAUGGUUGUCUACAGUUCCUGGUUCCCCUCCUACAAGAUUUCCCCCAAGAUUGCUGGGUGUCGCUAAAUGGUAUGGUUAAUGACUCGUGGGGUAAGCAGUACUCGUACGCUCUCUUUAAGGCCAUGAGCCACAUGCUGUGUAUCGGGUACGGCGCCCGGGCGCCCGUCAGCAUGUCCGACCUGUGGAUCACCAUGCUCAGUAUGAUUGUGGGCGCCACCUGCUACGCCAUGUUCGUCGGCCACGCCACCGCUCUCAUCCAAUCACUGGACUCGUCCCGCAGGCAGUACCAAGAGAAGUACAAACAAGUGGAGCAGUACAUGUCAUUCCACAAGCUACCUGCAGACAUGCGGCAGAAGAUCCAUGAUUACUAUGAGCAUCGCUAUCAAGGCAAGAUCUUUGACGAGGACAAUAUCCUGAGUGAGCUCAACGACCCUCUCAAAGAGGAAAUUGUGAACUUCAACUGCCGGAAGCUUGUGGCUACCAUGCCACUGUUCGCCAACGCAGACCCCAACUUCGUGACGGGCAUGUUGAGCAAGCUGAAGUUCGAGGUGUUCCAACCCAACGAUUACAUCAUCAGAGAAGGCACCGUGGGCAAGAAGAUGUACUUCAUCCAACAUGGUGUGGCCAGUGUAAUCACCAAGCUCAACAAAGAGAUGAAGCUGACUGACGGCUCCUACUUUGGAGAGAUUUGUCUGCUGACGAAGGGGAGACGCACGGCCAGCGUUCGUGCCGACACUUACUGCCGUCUCUUCUCCCUCUCUGUGGAUCACUUCAACGAGGUGUUGGAGGAGUACCCCAUGAUGCGCCGUGCCUUCGAAACUGUAGCCAUCGACCGCCUGGACCGCAUCGGAAAGAAGAACAGCCUACUCCUCCAGAAGUUCCAGAAGGAUCUGAACGCUGGGGUAUUCAACACACAGGAGAACGAGAUAUUGAGGCACAUAAUCCAUCAGGACAGGGAGAUGGUGAUGAUGGUGGACCGCAAGCAGUCGGUCACAGGGAUGUCGGUCACCGGAAUGAACUCCACCCCGAUAUCUGGAAAUUCCAUGAUUAACUCUCCUGCUCAGCAGCCCUACACCACUGCCCUGGGCACCAACCAGUUUCAGCAGUCAUCCUCCCAUUUAACAUGCAGUGCUUCAGGCGUCAUUGCUCCCUCUGCCGCAGCCACCGCCCGCAUCCUGCCAGCCUCAACGCAGGGUGUCUACCCUGUCCCCAGUGUCUCCCACAGCAGCCUGAACUCAUCCUCGCCUGUCCCCCAGAUCCCCCUCUCUCUCCAGCAGCAAGGAGCUAUCAUGUCCCCAGUAUCCUGCAACACGGCUGUGUGCAGUCCACCUGUGCAGACCCCUGGGCUGGCGGGACGCAGCUUCCAGUAUGGCUCGCCCACCGCCUCCCAGCUCUCCCUUUUCCAGCAGCCGCUGCCUACUGCCCUACCACCCCAACAACCACUACCACAGCAACCACAACAGCUGCCCCAGCAAACAGGAGGAGCUGCAGCCUCCUUGGCAACACAACAACCACAGCAGCAGCAGCAGCAGCCAAAACAGCAGCAAGUCCCUUCACCUCAGAGGAGUGACAUUCUCCACAAGGGCAGCCAUACUCUCGAGUCUGGAAGCCUGAGUCAAGAUGUACACCACCUAUCUGCCUCCCAAUCCUCCCUGCCCCAUGACACAUCCCUGGGGCCCAGAGCGCACCCUGGAGUGUCCGGGGACUUCCUGUCCUCCAUCGCCCUGCCGGUGGCUGCGGUCCAGGGGCCAGGUAUGCAGAGCGGUCUCCACACCACAGUGCCCCAGAGGGUCAACCUGUUCCGCCAGAUGUCAUCGGGAGCAUUUCCCCCGGGGCGAGAGGCGUCCUCUACAGCCCAGCACAGGGAUUCCACAGGUUCUAGAAAAGAUUCUAGAAGAGAUUCUAACUUAAGCAGUACAGAGACCGACCAAGAUAAGAUGCGGUACGCAUCAAAUUUAUGAUCCCAUUUGACUUUUUGAAACUUCUGUUUGAAUUCACUUUUAAUGGAGAUACAAGAAAAGAUAGACAAAUUUCUUCUGAAAAAAUAACCUCAUAGAAUUCCUGUACAGACUACCCUUGUAUUAUAGACACAUUUUCUUCCUAAACUUAAGAAUGUAUAUUAAACAAAUAUAUAUCAAUAUUUGUAAAUCCAUUUAGAAUAUUUGGCAAAGACUAUUUAAAAGCUCUAGUAUAUAAAACAUGAGUAUUUCUUUCUGAAUAAUAUAAAUAUACAAUGUAUGGAUAUUUUGGGGGGUGGGGUGUUUUUGUUUGUUUGUUCUUUUCUGUUUUUGUAAACUGGAAUGCGUCGUGAUGAAUCCUGAUUAUUUAUAUUUUUUAGUUUUGUACCUGCGAAAAGAGGAACAAAUAUCAUCUCAUACAACGCAGCUUUGUCACCACUGUGGAAUAACUGACGCAACCUUGAAACUGUCAAAAAGCACAAACUCAAACAUAAAUCUGAUAACAAAUUAGUGGAACCUUUAUCUCAUCUUAGCAAUCAAACACUAGUACAGUAGCUAGGUGUUCCAUUGCUCUCAACAAUACAUCCUCUUGAGCCACAAUAUCUUCCUACAGCGGUUCGGGUCCAAGGGGAAUGAAAUAAAUAUAAUUGCUGCUUUUAUUUUUAUUUUUGGAAAGAAGGAUGUUGUGUGGUGUGGGCGAGGGAUGGAUGAUUCUGUUUUUUCUAUUCCUAAUUUCAGACCGUGAUAGACGUUAUGUAAUGUUGCUUAAAAAACGGUGUACAUUUAUAAUAGACUGUGAUAUGAAGAUUAUAUGUGUGUUGUAAAUAGUUUUAUAGAUCUAGUAUUUGCAGGUACUGUGUGGUGCAUUCUCAAUCAUAACAGUAUCUUACUUCUUUCAGGGACCUGGAUAUCAUUUAUAUGUGGAAAAAAAGUGAAUAAGUGACAGCAAUACAUAUGUUCAUUCGAGAUAAGAAAACCUUAAUGCAAUAGCUAGCACUACUUGAUACUGAGAAAUGCCUGUUCUGAAGUCAAACUGAGAAUCCUUAUUUGUCUGUAUAGUAUUUAUGUCCUUGUUUCAUAAUUCAUUUAAAAAAUUAUUAGGGAUAGGCGUCCCGUCAACGGGACAGUUGUAAAUCAUGCAGCACCUUGUGUCACGACCGCAGACUUGAGAGAAACAACAAAUGUUGGUACAUAUAAGUGUCUUAUAUCGGCUGAAAGCUUAAAUUAUUGUUAAUAUAACUGCACUGUCCAAUUUACAGUAGCUAUUACUGUGAAAAAAAUGCUAUGCUAUUGUUUGAGGAGAGCUCCUAACAACAAAACACUUUUCACCACGAUAGGUUUGAUAUAUUCACCUCAGAAGGUGACAUGUGUACUUAUAUUCUGAAAUCUUGCUCUGAUUUAUCAUCCAAAGGUCCCCAGAGAUAACAUGUCCUUUUGUUAGAUAAAAUCGUUUUUCAUAUCCUUAAAAAUAUCCUAGCAUUUCCACACAUUCAAGUUGCAAAGCAGGAAUCUGUGAAAAUCUAACACUAAACGUCGUUUCAACCAGUAGAAUCACGUUCGUAUUUAUUCCGCAGAGAUCCUAGAACGUAACCAGACUUCACUAUAUAAUUCAGAGUGUAGUAUAUCCUAUAGGACACCAAAUUUGGUCAGAGAGCGACGCCUUCAUGGCAUGCCUAUGACGCGGGCACUCUUCACUUGAUUGACUAUAACUUUGUCAAAUAAGCACCAAUCAGGGUCAAACAAAGCUAGCUAGAUAGCCAAUGUGCCACGGGAGUAUGCGGAAACCUCGUAUCUGUCACAAAAUGUUGCUGCUAUCCUUGUGCAGAAAAAUGUCAUGUUCAUGUAAAUGUCUCCUACACGAUUUGCCCAAAUGUACCUGGGUGACUUCACACUAAAUGUCAUGUAGUUCACUCAUACUUCAAGUUAUCCGUCUGAAACUUUGCACAUACACUGCCGCCAUCGUGUGGACACCAUCGGACACCAACCAGAGCGAUGUCUAGAUUUCCGACCUUUUUGUUGUAUUUCAAAGAUGAUGGAAGUAAAAAAUAAAUGGUUUUUUUUUCUUUGUAUUUUCUUCUACCAGAUCUAUUGUGUUAUAUUCUCCUACAUUCAAUUCACAUUUACACAAACUACAAAGUGUUUCCUCAUUAUGCUACUCCAUCUUUGGAACAAUAUUAUUUCUAGAGAUGCUAUAUAUGAUUUCAAUAAAACGGAUAAUACCAAUAACUUUAAUUUUACCAAUAUAUUCAUGCUACACAAUACAGAAAUACCUUCUUAAAGUGUACAUGAAGUUGUCAAUAAUUUUUUACUGUGGGUGUGUUGGGUGAGUUGCCUACAGCAAUGGUCAGUUAUUAUAUGUCUGACGACCCACACACAAUAUGCCACUUUAGAAUUACUGUAAAUAUGGAUCAUUGUUGAAUAUUAUAUCUUGACUGCAAAUGUUUAAUUAAUUUUGACAAUUUUAUUCCCUAUUUUUUCAUGAAAUUGUUUAUUUCGUCCACUGAAAGAACUCAAAUGUGUUACAUUUUGGAUGUUAUAUUCUGUCAGCGUUUUUUUAUUGUUGAUUUUUAACUUUUUCUAUUCAUUGACUAGCCUUUCAUAUCAUGUAUUGUGAAUAAUGUGAUAGAAUAGUGUGGCAUGAAUGAAUUUUUAAAAAUCCCAUUCAUAUCAAUGGAAAGAAAAGUCUUCCUGCCGACAGACAAUUUAUAAGUUUCUAAUUUUUUAACACAAUGUGAACUUCUAUAAAAUGGUUCUGCCAUUAUAUUCUAGCAUUCUCAGAAUUACAGUAAUGACUAGUAUAGUAAGAAAUGCAGUCUAUAGAACUGAGAAGGUAUAACAUGGCAAGUUGACUAGACAUUAUAGAAAUUCUGAGCACAUGUGUAACUCUCUUUGUAGCUAGUCACUGAUGUUGGGUUGAUUAUUAAUGUUGCGUGGAAUGAAACUGGCCAAAGCAAAACAUUCUAACUAAUUUUCUUUGUUUUGAAAACCGAUACAGACUCUUCAGUCAGUUAGAUUAAGUGUAAAGAAGGUUAAGAGCGAGAUAUAUUAUCUAGAUUCUAGAUUGGAACUCUCUGGCCCAUUCUAGGGUUCUAAACGUGGAGAGAUGUUCUAUUCCAACAAAGAGUGCUUAAUCCUGUUCUGCCAUAGUACGUGUAUAGGAACUAGUAUUGUACACAGUUCAGAUGGAUAGCAGCACUGUUGGUUUGUGCUGUUUUUGAUGCAUGCCUUUGGAGGGAAAGUUUCCUAUGUGCUUUCCUCACAAUAAUUCUGACCACAGCUAGCUAGUAUUCUGGAAUGGGCAUUAUGAUGAUGUAUGUAGCACAGCAUGAAGGGACAUGUGUGUUUACCAUUUUAGGAGUAUGGAGAACACUGAAUAAACCAGCACAUACGUUUCUAUUUUUUUUUUAAUGCAAAAAUAACAAAAGAACAGUGCCCAGAGAAAGGACAUAGGAAAU